ACUGUGGAUAUGGAAAUUGGAAAUCGGACUGUCCUGACAGAAUUCAUCCUAGUGGGUGUCUCCAGUGAUCCCCGGUGGCAACUGAUUCUGUUUGGAGUAUUUCUGAUACUUUAUGUGCUAACCUUAUUGGGUAACAUGACACUGAUUAUCUUGAUCCGGGUUGAUUCCCAUCUGCACACGCCUAUGUACUUUUUCAUUGGUAAUCUAUCUUUUUUGGAUUUCUGGUAUACUUCUGUCUAUACUCCCAAAAUUCUGGCCACCUGUGUCUCUGAUAAACGCAUCAGUUUGGCCGGAUGUGGAGCUCAGUUAUUCUUCUCCUGUGUUGUGGCAUACAGUGAGUGCUAUCUCCUAGCAGCUAUGUCAUACGACCGCUAUGGAGCCAUUUGUAAGCCCUUGCUGUACUCGAGUACUAUGUCCAGUUCUCUCUGCACUGGCCUUGUGGUUGGCUCCUACACAGGAGGGUUCUUGAAUGCCAUAGUCCACACUGCCAACACCUUCCGCCUGAGUUUCUGUGGUAAUAAUAUCAUCGACCAUUUUUUCUGUGAUGCACCCCCAUUGGUAAAAAUGUCUUGCACAGACACCCGGGUCUACGAAAAAAUUCUCCUUGGUGUAGUGGGUUUCACGGUCCUCUCCAACAUCCUGGCCAUCCUGACUUCUUAUUUCAACAUCCUUCUGGCCAUUCUGAAGAUCCGCACAGCCUCAGGCAGGCGCAAGGCCUUCUCUACCUGUGCCUCUCACCUCAUCUCGGUCAUGCUCUUUUAUGGAUCUUUGCUCUUCAUGUACUCAAGGCCAAGUUCCACCUACUCCUUGGAAAAGGACAAAAUGGCUGCUCUGUUCUACACUGUGAUCAACCCACUGCUCAACCCUCUCAUCUAUAGCGUGAGGAACAAAGAUGUCAAACAGGCCUUUUGGAAAGCAAUGCAGACCAUAAGGCCAACGAGAUGA